CAGAAAUCGGUCCUACUUGUGGUCACUCGGAGAGCCGCCUUUCUCCCCUCCCCCCACCGCCUUGCUUCGCUGCAAGGGGGUGGCCCUUGGAAACACCUUGUCUUAACACACAACGCUAUAAAUACUGCUCCUACUGCGAGAGCAAGCGACCAGGAGCAGCAGGACUCAGGGACACAGGCAGAGUUGGCUGGUGGCAGUCAGGCAAGCCGGCAUUUGAAGCUCACGCCACUCAUUGCAACAGACACUUUCUGGCUCCGACUCUGCCACAAGGAGGUGGAGGGGGAGAACUGUGGAGCAUACUGUUUAACUGUUGGGAAAAGAUUUGUUGCGGAGGAAAAGUCAGAGCGGUUUUUUUGUUCCGAGGAGGAGAAAAAACACACGCCCGAAAACAGCUCCUGGGCUUGGCGCUUGGUUUCCCCGGGCGCAUUGAUUCUAUCUGGGCCGCCGGUGCUUCCUGGAUUUGGGCGGCACACCCACCCUCUUCUUGCCACAGCCGCCAGUCCGCCUCGCUUUCGUUGCACCCCGCCCAGCGGCCAGCAUGAUGCAGAUCUGCGACUCCUACAGCCAAAAACAUUCCCUUUUUAAUGCCAUGAACCGCUUCAUCGGGGCAGUCAACAACAUGGACCAAACGGUGAUGGUGCCCAGCCUGCUUCGGGAUGUGCCUCUCUUGCUGGAGGAGCUGGACUCUGGGGGUGGCUGCUCGGAAAGGGAGGCCCAGCUCACCCCCAACGGUGGGACCUAUUACUCCCGUAGAGACAUGUACAGCCACUACGUGCUGCUCAAGUCCAUUCGUAACGACAUCGAGUGGGGAGUGCUGCAGCAGGCGGCCGAGGAGGCGACAGCCAGGAAGAAGGACAAGUUAAACGCUGGCCCCGGCUCUGUGGACAUUAGCCGGGGGAUCGCGGAGGACGGGGAGAUGGAGGAGGAUCUGCAGAAGCAGUUUCAUUAUCACUUAAGCGGACUGCACACGGUGCUCUCCAAACUGACCCGCAAGGCCAACGUGCUCACUAACAGAUACAAGCAGGAGAUCGGAGCCAACAACUGGGGGCACUGAUCCAGGGAGGAGGAGGAGGAAUAUGCGGCAUGCCUGCUUUGCCUGCCUGAGUGUGAGAGUCCCAGAAGAGAGAAUAGGUUUGGAAAGGGCUAGCAAAGAGUACCCGCAAGAAUGAAAUUGUGUGUGUGUGUGUGUGAGUAAGAGAGAGAGAGAGGUGGGGGUGGCCCAGGCCCCUGCCAUUAAGAGCCAGAAAAAGUGUUACUAUGUGGUAUUGUUAAGAUAACUUGAGCAAAGAAGGUUUCAGGGAUCACUGGUGAACACAGGAAUGAAUGUGAAAACAGAAUGAAAGAUGAAUGUAAAGAUUUAAAAGGUGGGAAAGAGUGACUUUCACACAAUGAAUAGCCUAGCAGGAGUUUGCUAUUGGAAGCAGCAGACUUUCAAAGAGGCUGGGUGAUGUAUCUCUGUAAGGCACAGCAAGGCAGCCAAGUAUAAAGUUUCUAGAUUCUGGGGAGUCAGAAUGAUGUACAGUGGCCAGGCCAGUGACAGAAUGGAGUAUUUUGUAGUCACUGGAAGACUCUCUCUCUGUGUGUGAUGGCAGUGCCAGUGGCAAUUGCAUAACUUAUCUUCUGUUUUUGCACUAUUUUUGUAACAUUAAUAUAUAUAUGUACAGUCCAAGAAUUAUCCUCUUUGCAUGCUGUUAGAACUGCUGGGUUUUUUUCACUUAACGCACAAAGAUGUACAUUCACCAAUACUAUCUUUGGUUUGUUUGUUUUACAGCCAGGGUAAACAGUUAUAAAAACACCUACCUUUCCAUAUCAUGUAUGAGCUGGUUAAUAUGAAACUGCAAAUAAGCCACUAUUUAUAUUCUGUUGCAGAGGAUAGAACCAGUUCACUACUAGUGUGCAUCCUUAUUUCAGUGGAAAGAUAAAAGGUCCAAUUGUUGUACAUGCAUUGAAGACUAUUUAAAAAAAUUAAAUUCAAAUGUAGAAUAUAUUCUAAAAUAAAUAAGGAAUUAUAUUGACUAAAA